AAGGUGAGGUGGCCGGUAGGAAUAAAACUACAGGUUUAAUUUAAUUUAAAAGGAAAAAAAUGUGGAACAUUGGUUUAUGGUUAGUAGCAGUAAUAGUUGUAGGAAUCAGUAGAUGGGUAUACAAAUGGAGGAAUCCCAAAUGCAAGGGUGUAUUGCCACCUGGCUCCAUGGGACUUCCCUUUAUUGGAGAGUCCAUUCAAUAUUUCUCUUCUCAUUCCUAUGAAGGAAUUCCACCCUUUAUUGCCGAAAGGACUGCAAGGUACGGAGGAUUAUUUAAAACAAGUAUACUUGGGCAGCCAGUGGUGAUAUCAACUGACCCAGAAAUCAAUUACUAUGUCUUCCAACAAGAAAAUAACCUCUUCCAAUGCUGGUACACAAAGAGUGCUUCUGAUCUCCUUGGAGAGCAAGGCUUGAAUGUCCACGGCGGAGCUGUCCAUAAAUACCUUAGGAAUUUAGUUCUGUUUCUUGUCGGCCAACAAAGCUUAAAGGGAAAUUUGAUGUCUGAAAUUGAUUUAAUUACUCGUAAGCAUUUAGAUUGGUGGGCUGAGCGCGGCAAGAUCGAAGUCAAAGAAGCAGUUGAAAUUAUGCUAUUCACAUUUAUUGCGAAAAAGACCCUUGGUUUAGAAGAACAAGAGGCAUUGGAACUAAGAGAGCAUUACAAAGCUUUUUUUGGUGGUUUUCUCUCAUUUCCUCUCAAUGUGCCUGGAACAGCUUACCAUGCCUGCUUACAGGGGCGUAAAAAUAUUGUUAAGGUGAUCAAAGAUAUUUUAAAGAAAAAGCAGUCAUCCAAGGAAAAGGCGAAUCAAGAUUUCUUAGAUCACAUGCUUAAAGAAGUAGAAAAUGAGGAAUCAUUGCUGACUGAAGAAAUUACAGUGGAUUUAGUUCUGUUACUGCUAUUCGCUGCUUAUGAAACCACUUCUUCCUCCAUUACACUAUUGUUUAAAUACUUGAAUAGUCAUCCCGAGGUGUUGACAGAGCUGACGGAAGAGCAUGAGAGCAUUCUUAAACGUCGAACAGACGAAGGCGCUCUAAUUUCGUGGCUUGAGUACAAAUCAAUGAGUUUCACAAAUAUGGUUAUAAAUGAAACAGUAAGGCUUGCCAAUAUCGCCCCAGGAAUUUUCAGAAUUACACUAAAAGAUGUGCAAAUCAAAGGAUAUACAAUUCCUGCCGGAUGGACAUUCGUAGUAUGUCCCUCAUCGGUUCAUCUGGAUCCAAACAAGUACGAGGAUCCCCUUACUUUUAAUCCUUGGCGAUGGAAGGGUGAAGAGCUACAUAAGGGAUCCAAAAAAUUCAUGGCGUUUGGUGGAGGAGUGAGAUUGUGUGCUGGAGCUGAUCUCUCAAAGAUGCAAACGGCCAUUUUCCUCCAUUACUUGUUGACAAACUAUAGGUGGAAAGUGACAAAUGAAGGGAAUGUUACACGACAACCCGGUUUGAUCUUCAAGAAAGGAUUACACAUUGAAAUAUCCAAGAAUCAAGGAGAGAAAAAUACUGGUAAUUACUGUUUAAGAUAGAUGUUCUAUAUGAAUGUUCAUUAAAA